AAAUGAUAAAAAUGUGAGCAGCUCAACUUCCAACUUGAAUGCUACAAAAUGGCUAUGCUCUUGAGUGCAAUGUUAUUGCAUCACUUGACGCUGUUUCAGUUGAUACGAUGGGCUUUGCCAUGCGGUCCACAAGAUUUAUCGAUGCUUAUCAUAAUGGCCUCAACGGCACACAGGCUGCGUGGGCUUUUUUUUUUUU